CAAGUUUGCCUGGGCAAUCUUGCAAUGAGCGAAAUAAGCAUGCUGCGAUAAAUCGACUUUGACUUACAUUCCUUUUAGUAUAACACAGGAAUAUAUUGAACUGUUGCGUUAGUCAUUUCGCGCAUGGACAUCGUUAUUAGGCUUUGACGACUUCUAAGGACUCCGCGCGCUGUGACUUCGGCAAGCAUCUUAAGCACAGCUAUAGGUUGGACAUUACAUCGCAACCAUGGCGGAGCAACAAUUUGAAGACAUGGAGGCCUUCCUGCGUGUGGCCAAGUAUACCCUAGUGAAGUUUACGGACAUGAACACCGAGAUGAAGGAGGAGGCCAUGGACAUCUGUAUCACAGCAGUCGAGAAGUAUCCAAAUGAUGCCGAGAAGUGCACACAGAUGAUCAAAGACCAAAUGGAUAAGAAAUUCGGCGCACCAUGGCAUGUGGUUGUGGGGAAAGGCUUCUCUUAUGAGAUCACGUACGAGGUCCGGAACUUGCUCUACAUUUACGUCGGAGGGAGGACAGCGGUGCUGCUCUGGAAGAUGUAGACGUAGAACAGAAGCUGGGCGAGCCUGAGAGGCCAGGGCAUAUCGUGUGGAUGUGGAUGUGCGGCGCAGGAUAGUUACAUUAACCAUUUAGGCAUAGGCCUUUGAGCCAUAGGCCCAUGCUGACUGACGUGCAUGAGGGGCACGUAUGUCUCAGGGUUUGUUGGCAGCGGUGGGAACGACUUGCGGUGGACCUAGCCGUGUGCUGUGCGUGGGAGCAGGCCUUUCCUGCACCUUUAGACGUGUUUUCAGGAAUUGUAGCUUGGGGUUGUGCAUGCAUGGCCUGAUGUUCGGGGCAUUGCAAGGAGGCUUGUCUACCCACGGCCAUGGCCACUUGCCGGGUCGGUGGUGCGAACGGUGUAUUGGGGCUGCGGAUUGUGGCUACUAUGGCAAGCGUUCACAAAUGUAAUUAAUUUCGGGUUGUGAACUUGUGUGGCCCCCUGUCAGUGGGGUGUAAAAACGAUGACAGUACGGCUACCUGUCGCAGUACAACCAAGAUGACUUGUUU